UCGCGGGACAAAACAACUCGAAAACAACCAGUCAACGAAAAACUGUCAAGGAAUCCAUUCCCUGUUCCUUGUCAGUUUUGUCUUUACCAUAUUUUUGGAAAAAAUGGCUGAAAAAUCUUCAAGUGUUGAACCUCCGGUCAAUGGCCAGGAAGCAGAUGAUGACGAAAGUAACGCUAUUACUAUGGUGGAUGUUUUAAAAGAGGAGACUGAAUUGGAAGAGGAUGCCAAUGCGGUGUUGGGUGGAUCUGAUCCCCUAAAUUGCACUUACCCUCAGGGCUAUGUGAAGCGUCAAGCUCUUUAUGCUUGUAUUACAUGCAUUCCAGCUGGCUCUGACCAAAAAAGAGGUGGUGUAUGCCUUGCUUGCAGUUACAGCUGCCAUGAGAAUCACGAUCUUGUAGAGCUGUACACCAAGAGGAAUUUUCGCUGUGAUUGUGGCAACUCACAAUUUGGCAGCAACAAGUGCAACUUGGAGCCAGUGAAAGAAGUAAAUGAAAAGAACAAGUACAAUCAAAAUUUUAAAGGAGUGUACUGCACUUGCAAGAGACCAUAUCCUGAUCCAGAAGACACCAGUGAUGAUGAAAUGAUCCAAUGUAUAAUUUGUGAAGACUGGUAUCAUGGCAGGCACUUGGGAGUUAACAAAGCAAUUCCAAAAGAUUACGGUGAAAUGGUCUGUGAACAGUGCAUGAGCAAACAUUCGUUUUUGUGGAACUAUGCUGGAUUGUGUUUGACUAAAGCAACUUCUUCUGAUCAAGAAGUAGAAGUGGAUCAGGAUCCCUCUACUUUCAAACAAACCUCUGCUUCAGAUGAUGUAGAGCCAUCCACACCCACAAUUCCUAUCAAUGGUUCAGCAGGAGUUGAUUUCAACACCCCUGGCUCUUCAUCCCAAAAGAGCAAUAUUGAAACACCUAUUCAUGAUGGUAAAGAAUGUAUUUUGAUGAACUUUAAACCAGUUGAACAACUUAAGGGAGCAACAUUUUGGCCUGAAGGCUGGCGCAAACAGUUGUGUCUUUGCAUCAAGUGCCUGGUAAAUUAUUCAAUUUCCAUUUAGUUGUGACUUGGUUUC